AUGACACGUGACAGCGACGAAUACCCCAGUUCUGACGCUUCCUACACCAUUAACGUCUGUCGGCAAUGUGACGAUUUGUCAAGCACAGAACUGCGGGAACUUGGCGCUCUUCAGCGCGUGGAAGCAAUGGCAUUUACUGUUAAUGAGAUUAACAGACGCCAAGACAUCCUUCCAAACGUGAAACUAGGUUUUGUUAUCAUGGACGAUUGUUCCAAGGACACUACCGCACUGAUCCGAUCUCUUCACUUUAUUCAGAAAGAACAACGCACAUCGGAUGUAGACCAUCUGCGAUCAAUACAGGUUACUGCCGUCAUCGGGUCGGAAAGCAGCAAAAGCACUGUUCAAAUUGCCGAUCUUUUGUCUCUUUUCAAAGUUCCCAUUCUUAGCUAUUUAUCGACGAGUUCACUGUUAUCAAAUAAAUAUAUAUAUCCUUACUUUUCGCGUAUCGUUCCAUCUGACACCCUGCAGUCCAAAGUAAUUGUGGACAUCUUAGAACAUUUCCACUGGACCUAUAUUUCAGUAAUAUAUUCCGAAGGAAGUUACGGAAGCGAGGGCUACAAAGAAAUCAAGAAAAGAGUGGAGGAAUCGGGAUUCUGUUUGGCUGUCCAGCGAGAAAUGAAGCAGAGCUUUAGCGAUGCAGAUUAUGAUGCUAUUGUAGACGAGUUGUUAUCCAAGCCAAGGGCCAAGGUUGUUGUUCUGUUUUCACCACUGUAUCAGGCCAGGGCGUUCUUCUUUGCCGUCAAACGAAAAAAUGCACAAGGGAAAUUUUCAUGGAUUGGCAGUGAUGGUUGGGGUAGAAAUAUUCAAGAUUACAGUGGUAUUGAGGAUAUAGCAAAUGGUGCUAUUAUUAUUAACUUCUUUUCAAAAGUUGUUCAGCGAUUUGAUGAAUAUUUUCAACAUCUGACACCUCGAAAUGCGACCAAUAAUCCUUGGUUUCGAGACUUUUUUUCCUCAGAGAUGAAGUGCGACUUUAAUGCAAGUAAUUCACAGAAAUCUUGCUCAGAGAUAUUUAGUUUUGCUUCAGCCGGACGGUACACACAUGAAACAACCGUAUCACAUGUUAUUGACGCUGUGUAUAGCUACGCGUAUGCUAUAGACAGACUAACAACACAUUGCCCGGACAACCCUAUCACAUGUUUUACUUCUGAACAGUUGUUGUCAUCGCUGAGAAAUACAUCCUUUCAGGGAGAAAAUGGACACAUAGCAAUUGACUCUAAUGGAGAUGGAAUAUCUAUUUACCAAGUUCAUAACUAUCACUUUAACGGAAUUAACUACUCCUUGAAAAUGGUAGGACUGUGGGACAGUUCGAAUAAACUGUUUAAAAUGUUUGAGCCAUCCAGUAUUUCGUGGAAUCCGUUAGUUCUGAACGAGAAGCAGACCAUCCCCAGGUCCACGUGCAGUGAUCGGUGCCUGCCGGGAUUCCAGGCCGUGGUCACGCAGCCGCACUGCUGUUGGUACUGUCAGAGAUGUCGCGAUAAUGAAAAGACUGUUAUUAUAGGUGAACUUCCAAAGUGUGUGGUGUGCCCAACAUCUAUCAAUUUUACAUGGCCGAAUAUGCAUCGUACAGAAUGCAAACAAAUAACAUUGACCUACGCAAGUAUUGAUGACUUCAUAGGAAAGGCUAUUCUUGCUUUGGAUUGUUUAACCACUGUUCUCUGGGCAGUGGUUACAAUUCUUUACACACGAAACCACGACAAAAGGCUCAUAAAAGCUAGUUCUCGGGAACUUUCCUUCAUCAUGUUGUUUGGCAUUUUUCUUUCAAACAUUGUCAUUACGUUAUUUGUCAUCAAGCCAUCUAAUGCAUCCUGCAUAAUCACCUACAGUAUGUUUCAUCUCAGUUUCACCCUCAACUAUGGUCCUCUGACUGUCAAAACGAACAGGGUCUACAGAAUAUUUACAGCUGGUCGACGAUCAAACAACAAGCCAGCUAUGAUUGGAUCAAAAGCACAGAUACUUUUAACAGUUUUGCUUUUGGUCGCACAGACGUUGGUUGUAUUUUCUGGAAUUUUCCUGAACACUCCUUAUGCAGCAACUGUGAUGCCGAAUCUAGGUGAAAAAUACGUCGAGGUGCGGUGUGUGAUUCCAGAAACGAGCUUUCUCGUUGCCUUGGUUUGCAACCUCUGCCUGGUGAUCGUCUGCGCGUUCCAUGCCAUCAAGACGAGGAAGCUUCCUCAGAACUAUAACGAGUCACGGUUCACGAGCUUCUUGGUGUACACCACGAUCGUCCUCUGGCUCGCCUUCGUCCCCACGUAUUUCACCACGGCCAAGACCACCAGUCGAGCUCUGCUCCUCUCACUGGCCAUGCUCUCCAAUUCUCUCGUCACGCUUAUCUUCUUGUUUGUACCAAAGAUAUAUGCCCUGUACUACGUGACCACCGACGCCCAGAAUCUGAUUAAUCGCACUUCAGUAUCGCAGAUUGCGACUCAAAAUAUUUUGAAAAGUCAUCCUCGUUUACCUAACUCCACUAAUAGAGUUUCCCCAUUACAUCUGGAAACAUGA